CAACGCCAUUAUAAAUAAAGCUACGGUAGCACGCUGACACUUAUUGGAGAGGCGAUUGUUUUUCUAGAAGUAUCGUCGCAUAGCCUUGUAGAACCGAGUUAAUACGCACAUAUAGUGAGCACUUAUCCUUGUAAAUAACUUAUUUGUAACAUAUCGACUAAAAACCACAAGUCAAAAUGGCAGAGAGCGACUGGGACACCGUGACGGUCUUGAGGAAGAAGGGUCCAACGGCUGCCCAGGCCAAAUCCAAGCAGGCCAUCAACGCUGCUCAGAGACGUGGGGAGGACCUGGAGACGACCAAGAAAUGGUCGGCGGGUCAGAACAAGCAGCACUUGGUGACCAGGAACACGGCCAAGCUGGACCGCGAGACGGAGGAGCUGCACCACCAGAGGGUCUCUCUGGAGGUAGGCAAGGUGAUCCAGCUGGGCCGGCAGAACAACGGCCUCACCCAGAAGGACCUGGCCACCAAAAUCAACGAGAAACCACAGAUCAUUGCGGACUAUGAAUGCGGGAAAGCGAUUCCCAACAACCAGGUCAUGGGCAAGAUCGAGAGGGCCAUCGGCCUGAAGCUGCGGGGCAAGGAGAUCGGUCUGCCGGUCGACCCGAUAGUCCCCAAGAAGAAAUGAGCACAAGCCUCGGAAAUCAGCCCUGCCGUCCCGUCUCCCAGGGACCUACAGGAGGCCACCCCACCCCGGGGUCCUGCCUCCUGUCUGGGCUGAUCGGGCCAGCGCCCCCCGGACUCCCAUCCGGACGCUGGCACCUCACCGCAGUACAACAACCCGCAUCCCGGCUGCACCCCACUACAACGACUCCUCCCUCUCCGACCGGCAUAAGCGAAUGAUUCGCCGCUUGUGCUGAAACGUUACCGUUAUAAAGGCUGACCGCGCCCACGUGUGUUUUCUUACUGCUUGCUCUAUGCUUUGGCAUGAUGAUAAAGAAGUAUGACUUUUAUUGUUUUAAGUAGUUUUUUUUGUCAUGGCCAAAUGCAUUGAUUUGAUCACCAGAACGGUCUGAAUCGAACUUCAAUUUGCUUGAUUUUUAUACUUUUUGUUGGAGGUAUUAGAUGAACUUCUUGUUGAGCAUGAUCGUUGUGCUUCAAUUGAUGUUCAAAUAAAGUUUGGCAAAUUGGGAAAUCAUCA